AUGAAAGUUGUGUUCUCCACUUUUCGUCUUCUUUUCUUUUUAUGGCCCGUGUCAAGUGGCUGUCCAUCCAAGGCUGAUAUUCCCAAAUGCAGUUAUUGUGCCGGUCCAUUGUGUUUUGAAUUUCAGGUAUUGGAUCAUGAAUGUGAUCUUGACAAUUUUUUGUUAUGGUUAAAGCCCAACUCAAAGCUUCAGAUUAUGCCACAGUUGCUAUUUUACUUUAACGUGAAGAAUGAUGUGGACUCUCUUGAUUGGGCUACAAUUUCUGUUUAUACAUGUGAAGCCUCCUGUGAUGCAACGCAAGUGUGGCUUACAAAGAAGAAUUCGCUUGGGUUCAACUUUCUCAGUCAUUUGGUUCCUUGCCAGAUACUUUGUACCCCUAGAUUAGGAGAUAUAGCUGUUCAAGUCUUGUUAUUGAAUCAAGAAUUGAGAAAAUCGGAAAGAUAA